GGAGAGAGAGAGAGAGAGAGAGAGAGAGAGAGAGGUUUCUUCUCAGUUGUUCCUCCUCUCAGUCUGACACCAGCAGUCUGCUUUUCCUCCUCGUCUGAGACUCCUGCAGGUUGAGACAGCCAUGUUGUCGGGGUGUUUCGGGCUGCUGUUGCUCCUUCCCUUGGUUUGCUGUGUCCCCUCCCCCUCCAGGUCUCCUUCCAGACUCUGCAGACGAUGCUGCGACCAGCAAGAUUCUCCUGCAGCCACGGCUCAGUAUCAAAUGCCUGAAGUCCGAACUGUCAUUAACAUGACCAUCCUCAAAGGUGAUAAAGGAGACAAAGGAGACAAAGGUACACCCGGAAAGCCAGGUCUGGAGGGCCCUCCCGGAUACCGAGGCCCCAUGGGCUCUAAAGGCAGCAAAGGCCAAGCAGGCGCACCCGGAGACGCCUGCAAGAUCCCUCACUCUUCUUUCUCUGUGGGACGCCGCAAGUCCCUGCACAGCCUGGACUACUACCAGGCGCUGGUGUUUGACACUGUGUUUGUCAACCUCUACGAGCACUUUAACAUGUUCAAAGGCAAGUUCUACUGCUACGUGCCCGGGAUCUACUUCUUCAACGUCAAUAUCCACACGUGGAACUUUAAGGAGACAUACCUCCACCUGAUGCACAACGACAAGGAGCAGGUGAUCCUGUACGCUCAGCCCAGCGAGCGGUCCAUCAUGCAGAGUCAGAGCGUCAUGCUGGAUCUGGCUCUGAAUGAUGAGGUCUGGGUGCGGCUCUACAAAAGGGAGCGGGAGAACGCCAUUUACAGCGACGACGUGGAUGUUUACAUCACCUUCAACGGAUACCUGGUGGCUCCCAGCAUCCAGUGAAGAGAAGGCAGGAUGGACAGGCUGCAUGGGUCCAAUUAUUAAGUCUUUUUCCCAGGGAUAUUACUUUGUGCCAAGAAACAGGGACUUAUUAGCGCACAAAAUAAUUUAGGUGCUUAAAUAUUCCUUUCAACCCAGAGAGGAAAAUGCUGUUUUGUUAAAUAAAGAUGGCCCAAAAUGCAUAAACCUAAACCUUAAAAAGAAAAAGAAAAUAGGAGGCACAACUGGUACAGCAUAGGGGAAAAAAGCUAAAAUAAUUUCUUUGCACUAGAAAUACUUUAUUGUACAAAGAUCUUACUUUUUGUGCCAUUUCCCGUGAUGACCUGCUUUCAGGUACUUUUUAAUAAGACGUCACACCGAUUUUUCAGGAAUUUAAAAUCUGUGCAAUCAGUUUUAUGUGACAUUUAUGGUGCGAUGCCUCUUAGCAACAUAGAAUCUGUCAGAGUGAAAUGUAUUGUGGCAGUCGGCUAUUCAUUAAACAAAUGUCCUCUUUCACAGAAGCAAUUUAAAAUGUCAGGUCAUCCAAAUUACCAAAAUGUCCCACAUCCGCCACCAUUCCACCAACUGUAUGUAGCCACGCAGAAAUGGAAAUGCUGAAGCUAAAAGAUCCACUGUCCUAAUAUAAAAUGAUUGCAAAUACAUCAGGCAACUCCAUGAAACAUCACCAGCUAACAGACACAGGGUCAAUUUUAAACAUUGCAUAUCUUCAGGUGCUUUACAGGAAAUUAUUACAUUAUGGAGUGACUUAAACACAUUUGACUUCCAGGCUUUACACAUUAUAGUGUAAUUUACUCAAAGUAUAAUUUACUCACUGCAAGUAACCGAAUACUUAAAAUUACUUUACAGGUUUCUUGCAAAAGCAUGACUUGUUACCCUCUUAUGUACCUGCCGGUAAAUAUAAUUACAUUGUAAUUUCAUAUAAAAUACAUUGAAUUACGCCAUUAGUUGUGAGUUUUAUUACAAAAUGCUACCAAAUAUUUGCAGAAUUUUUGUGGAACAAAUUCUACAGGGAUACACCCAAACACAAGACACCAGGUAAAAGUCCAAACAUCCCAAUCUUUAAUGCAAAACACUGUCAGAGAUCAUACACGGGGAAUCAGACAGCACAGCAAACAAUCCAAAUGAGGUGCAGGGAAAAGGCCAAGAUCAUCGAGCAGUUCAGAGGCCAUGAAUGAGAAUGCAAAAUAAACAUUCUCAGGGAUAAGGCACAGGGAACAUGAGCAAUAAUUAAAAAAUAUAUAUAAAAGAAAUCAGAGUGGGUCGUUCAAUCUCAAAAGAAGAAAAAAUUAAUACAGAUAAAUAUUUGCAUACAUCAGAAUUUGUUUGUCAAAACAAAACAACCAAAAAUAAACUAGCAAUUGUAAUUAUAUUUACCUACAAAUACUUAACGGCAAUAAGAUCGUUGAGGUGGAGUCAUUCUCAUUCUCACUCCUCCACAUUUCUUCUUUGCUAUUGAACUCCAGCCCAUUUUUUCAAGUGGAUCACAAUGGCUGUGAGCAUGCUCCAUAUCUGCUCUCAUGCAUUACGAAAAUCAUAAUCCAACUCGAGUGCUUAUAUUUGUAGUGACAUGGCAUGAAAAUAUUGCACAACUGGAUUUACAUUAUUGUCCUUUUGUAAUUUUGGUGAGCUGACCACUUUCCCAGCAUAUGAAAAUACAUAUGGUGCUUUAUCAAAUGCAGGAAUGUAUUUGACAGUUAUUGUUUAUUGUUUUAGGGACUUGAGGCUGCAGAGCAGUUUAUGUAAAUAUCUGUAAAUGAGCUUUCUAUAAUAGCUUUAAUAUGUUUUACCAUUUAAGCUGUUGGGGCUGGACUGUGUAUGUCUGCGUGUGUUUGUUUAUAUAACAUAUAAAAACA